CACUCGCUCAGAUAGCCGUUGGCUAGCCAUCGCGAUCUCCUCCGCUUUUCCUCCUCCUCCGCCUCCUCCUUCCCCUGGUUUCCUUGGCUGUGAUCCUUCUCCCCGCUUCUCCGGAGUGAUCAUGGGGGACGGAGGUCUUCAUCGCUCGCUGACUGGCACCGGUAGAAGCGCUGCAGUGAGCGCAGAGGGCGGAGAUAGGUUACCGAACUUGGUUGGCCUCUCUGCUGUUCGGAAAAGAUUGUCCGAUAUCACUAACACGGCGAGUGCGGGGACGUCCGCAAUGGCAAGCGCCGUAAUCGAGGAGGGAAAGUUCAUGGAUGUGAGCUCCAAGGACUGCGUCUCUCAGCUCAUGAUGGAAAAUACUAACUUGUUGAAGCUUCUUGCAGAGAAAAAUAAACUAAUAGAAUUAAGCGACAUUGAGUUGAAAAAACUUCAGAACAAGUUGCAUAAAAGCAAUCAACAGAACUGGCACUUGGCUCGGGUUAACUCUGAUAUGUUUGCGGAGCUUAACAUGAGGAAAGACAGACUAAAAGCCUUGCAGCAUGAACUUGGUUGCAUGUCAUCAUUACUUAAAAUCAAGACGUCAGAAUUAGAGGAGAAAGAUAAUUUAAUGAAAGAACUUGUCGACAAGAUUGGUUAUCAGUUGAGUAGCAUCAAGUGUGAAGAGGUUGAAGUAAAUGCAAGUGAUGUUCUUAAAGACAAGCAAACUAGCAAUCCCAACAAGAGGCGUAAACUGAAAGAUCACUCUUUUGGAUCUACAGUUCUGAUGGAACAAGUGGGAAACACAGAUGGGAAAAGCAGAAGGUCCUUACGACUAGCAUCCAUUGAAUCUGAAUCGUGUGAAAUCAGAGAGGAUUUGCUCAAGAUUGAUGAUGUUAUACUACCAAUGAGCCAUAAGAAAGUCCUAGAGGGGAAGGAUGAGGGUAGAAGGUCCUUGCAAGCCAAGACUUUGCCUUUGAAACCAGGAUCUUGUAAAUCCCUGGAGUUGGACAAGAUUGAUGCUGUGAUGCCAGUUUCCCAGCAAGUGAUAUCCGUGGGAAAAAAGGCUGUUGAAAUAAGUAGAAAAUCAUUGAGGAGGGGAUCCAGUAAUCCAAUGCCUGAAUCACAUCUACCAAAGAUAGAGGACACUCAAUUUUUAGUUUUUUCCAUUAAGAACAAAGAUUUACAUGUGGAAACUUCUGAUAAAAGGGAUUCUCCAACUUCUUCUAGCACUAGUACAUCUGCAAAAAUAAGCGAGAAGCAGGAUUCUAGUAUGUCUUCAGAGUUGGAUGAGCUCGGAAUCCCAAAGAGAUUUUCUGUCGGAAGGCCAUUGCGCAAGGCGGCUGAGAAGGUCAGUUCUUACAAGGAAAUUAAUCUGAAUGUGAAAUUGAGAAGACCAGGAUAAGAUACUGGUUUCCACUGCGCUAGCUCAGAGCCAGUCACUUCAAUGUUCUCCUCUAAUUCAUGUCAUCGAAGUGCAUUGGCUAAAUGUUGUUUCUGUAAGCUGAAUUAUUUUUUUUGUCUGUGUGUGUGAUUUCUAUUCACUAGUUUUUUCCUUUGUAACUUAUAGUUAUUCUGUCUCAUUUAACUGUUGUUUAUUCGUACUGGCGAUAAGAGAAAUUGGAUGUGGCAAUUGUUUAA